CUUACGAGCCGGACCAAGAGAAUUUUAGGUUAUAGUGCGGUUUAGUAUUAACAAUUAUCAUUUACUGUACUAAGUAUAUAUCUUUGCAAAUUAUGUAGUAAAUACUUUGAGUAAAGAUAAAAGUUACUAGCACAGAGCACUUACGUUAUUUAAAUGUUAUGAGGCUAUAAAUAUCAAGGCAUAUUUCAGGAGCAGAAAUUGAGAAAAUAAAUAAAUGAAAAUAGUAAUUUAAGAUUAAAAAUCAAAUGCACAGUGAAACCGGAAGCGUUCUUUUUUACAAGACAACAUGGUUCUCAUAAGACAAUUAUUACGAAAAUGCAAUAUAAAAUAUAGAAUAUUCAAUUAUUGUUCAUUAAAUUUUGCUUCGAAUCGACCGAGUAUUGCACAAUCUAAAUAUGCAUAUGUCGAUCAGAAAUUUCUUCAUAGAAGUUCAAACCUAUUUGUUAAAAUGUUUAUGGAGAGAGAAAACCAAUACGCGUAUGAUAUAAUGGAAAAAUAUGGAUAUGUAGAAGAAAUAAAUAUUCCGCAAACUACCAGUUCCAUAAGUCAGGAAGAAUUUGAAAAUAUGAUGAAAAAAGACUGGUCAAAAGAAUCUGCACAAGCUGUAUUUGAAGUAUUUCCAUUAAUAACAGCUUACUGUUCAGAAAAUAAUUUAUGUAUCUCCAACAAUGUUUUCGAUAAUUUUAUAGAUGUCUUUACUGAUAAAAUUCAGUUUUCCACAGAUGAAGAACUCAAAUCACAUUUUUUUUCAUUAGCAAAAUGCCCCGAAACUGCAUCAAUCAGGACACGCAAUUAUGUUGAAGUAUGGGCAGCUCUAGAUGAUGAAUGUGUAAAUAGGUUUAAAAGGUGGUCUCAUGAUGAAUUGCUCUCAUUUGCUGCAUUAUUUUACAUGUUGAGUGCUACUAAAGCAUCAGAUUAUUGUUAUAGAUGUAUUCAAAGACUUGUUUAUAAAUCAAAUAAGUUGACAAAAGCACAAUUAGUGCAAACAUAUUUUUUUAUUGGUGCAAUGAGAUUUUCACCCCAUGAUAUGCACAAUUUAGAAAUAGCUGUGCAAGAAAAAUUUCAUGAAUUGAGCAUUGAUGAAUUAGCAAUUAUAUCUUUAGGAUUUUUUAAGAGUAAAGUGCCAAUAAGAAGUCCUGUUUUAGUGUCAAAUAUAAUUGAUCUUCUUAUAGAGAAUGUUUCUGAAAUUAAUGAAGUUUCUCUCGCUGCAUUGCUUAAAGUUAUUCGUUUCUCACGCAAGAUUCCUGUUGAUGACAAAAUUGUUAAACUUCUUGAUAAAUUACAACAUGAAGUACCCAGACUAUCCAUAAUGUGUAAUGUGCAUAUAGCUUUACUUGCUACCAGUACUUUGACAUUACAAAAGUCCUGUUUACAAGAAAUUGCAAAUAAUGUAAUUAAAGAUAUUUCAAAUGCCAGAUUAAAAGAUAUGGAAAGGUUAAUACUCACAUUUGGAACCUUUAACUAUGAGCCACUUACUAAUCCCAGUUUUAUUGAAACUAUCAUUAAUGAAUUAAGAAAACCAGAAAGGGAGCAGGAACUUUUCUCCCAUGGUCGUUCAUUUGCAUGUUGUUUAUCAUAUCUGGGACUAUUAGGAUACUAUCCAAUAGAUCUGUUCAAGAGGGUUUUAAACACUGAAUUUUUGAAUAAUACUUAUGGAAAAUAUUGUUAUGCAUAUGGUCGUGAGAUAUUAAUUAUUCAUAACUCAGUUAAAUUAUUUCACAAAGAUACAAGUUUAGAUUGUCUUACUGCAAAAGAAGCUUUAAUAUUGGCAAAGAAAUAUACAGAUUUUUUGCCAGAUGCGAAUUAUGAUAAACAGUAUAAUGUAACUGAAAAGAUGUAUUUGGAUGUCGUUAAAGUAGUUGAAGAAUGUAGAGGUGGAUCGGAAUUUGUUACUGGGCACCAUCUUUUAACACACCACCAAAGAGGAGAUGUAGUCAUGUGUGAUGAUCCGAAUGGUUCACCUUUACCGGUCAAAAGUAUAUUUAACAACAUCAAAUUUGGACAACUUUGUCCCAUACCUAAUGACAAUAUUUGGAUUGCAUUAAUUAUAGCAGGGAGAAAUGCUAUGUUAUAUAAUUCAGAAAAACCCAGUGGUCAUUUUCUAUCCAAAAUACGAGAGUUGAAUGCUCUUGGCUAUCAUGCAGCAAUAGUAAGCUGGAAUGUGUACACAAAAUGCAAAACACUAGAAGAAAAGAAAGACUAUAUAAAUAAAUUAAUUAAUGAAGCCAAAUCCAGAAAAGAUUAUGAUGUAAACUUAACCUGUUAACAUUACCAGCUAAAUUAUUAUGCUGUAAAUAUUAUAGUCCAGUAACUGUUAUUUAAUCUGUUACAUUAUAACAGGUUAAAUAACAUAUUUAAAUAAAUACGAACAAAAAGUAAACUUUUGUAUAAACCUCCAUUCUUAAAGAAAAAACAAAUAUAUAGUUACUAAUU